AUGCUCCAGGGACCACAACAACUGAAGAGCCAUCAACAACUACAGAAGCUGCCACUGAUGCUCCGACCACAACAACUGAAGAGCCUUCAACAACGACAGAGAGCAUCAACAACUACUGAAGUAGUCACUGAUGCUCCGACUACAACAACUGAAGAGCCUUCAACAACUACCGAAGCUGCCACUGAUGCUCCGACCACAACAACUGAAGAGCUUUCAACAACUACAGAAGCUGCCACUGAUGCUCCGACCACAACAACUGAAGAGCCUUCAACAACUACAGAAGCUGCCACUGAUGCUCCGACCACAACAACUGAAGAUCCUUCAACAACGACAGAGGCAGUCAGUGAUCCUCCGACCACAACGACUGAAGAGCCAUCAACAACUACUGAAGUGGUCACUGAUGCUCCAACCACAACUACUGAAGAGCCUUCAACAACAACAGAAGCUGCCACUGAUGCUCCGACCACAACAACUGAAGAGCCUUCAACAACGACAGAGCCUUCAACAACGACAGAGGCAGUCACUGAUGCUCCGACCACAACGACUGAAGAACCAUCAACAACUACUGAAGUGGUCACUGAUGCUCCGACCACAACUACUGAAGAGCCUUCAACAACUACAGAAGCUGCCACUGAUGCUCCGACCACAACAACUGAAGAGCCUUCAACAACGACAGAGGCAGUCACUGAUGCUCCGACCACAACGACUGAAGAGCCUUCAACAACUACAGAAGCUGCCACUGAUGCUCCGACCACAACGACUGAAGAGCCUUCAACAACUACAGAAGCAGCCACUGAUGCUCCGACCACAACAACUGAAGAGCCAUCAACAACUACUGAAGUAGUCACUGAUGCUCCGACCACAACGACUAAAGAACCUUCAACAACAACAGAGGUCAACACUGAUGCACCGACCACAACAACUGAAGAGCCUUCAACAACGACAGAGGCAGUCACUGAUGCUCCGACCACAACGACUGAAGAGCCUUCAACAACGACAGACACAGUCACUGAUGCUCCAGUGACCACUACAACUGACGUGCCUUCAACAACGACAGAGGCGACCACUAAUGCUCCAGUGACUACAACAACCGAAGAGCCUACAACUACAGAAUCUCCAUCUCAUUUCAAAUGCCCAGGAAGUGGUAAUUAUCCUAAUCCUGAUGACUGCAGAUCAUAUUAUUGGUGUAUUUGGUUACCUGUCAAAGGAUUCCAUGCUGUAGCUAUAAAAUGUCCAUGGAAUAUGGCAUAUGAUCCAAAGUGGAAAAUAUGUUCGUUUGAUGAUGAGCGAUUAUGUGCGGCAUUUUCUACAACACAAACGGUUAGCAAUACAACAGUAGCACCAGAAACACCAACAAGUACAGUAGAAUCUAUAACAACAAGCAAACCAGCAACUGACACGUCCACGACUACGGAUGUUACGGAUGUACCGACUACCACGAAAGAUCCAGUUACGACUGAAAAUCCAGUCACUGACAAACCAGUAACAACGGAAAAGCCUGUAACAGAUGUUUCAACAACUACGGAAAAGACAGUUACAGAAUCAUCAGCGACAACCACAACGGGUGUUUCAGUUACCGAUGCUCCAAUCACAACAGAAAACCCAGCCACUGACCAACCUGCUACCACUGCUGCACCGCCAGUUUUCAAAUGUCCAGGAUUGGGCAAUUACCCCAAUUCUAAUGAUUGUAGAUCAUACUAUUGGUGCUUUUGGUUCCCCUUCAAAGGAUUAACCGCUGUUCCUUUGAAAUGUCUAAAAAAUAUGGCUUAUGAUCCCCAACUCAGAAUGUGUUCUUUUGAUGAAGAAAGACUUUGUAAUAUAACUACAACAACUGAAGAGCCUUCAACAACAACAGAGGCAGUCACUGAUGCUCCGACCACAACAACUGAAGAGCCUUCAACAACAACAGAGGCAGUCACUGAUGCUCCGACCACAACGACUGAAGAGCCUUCAACAACUACAGAUGCUGCCACUGAUGCUCCGACCACAACAACUGAAGAGCCUUCAACAACAACAGAGGCAGUCACUGAUGCUCCGACCACAACAACUGAAGAGCCUUCAACAACUACAGAAGCAGCCACUGACGCUCCGACCACAACAACUGAAGAGCCUUCAACAACGACAGAGUCAGCCACUGAUGCUCCAGUGACCACAACAACUGAAGAGCCAUCAACAACUACAGAAGCUGCCACUGAUGCUCCGACCACAACAACUGAAGAGCCUUCAACAACGACAGAGGCAGUCACUGACGCUCCGACCACAACAACUGAAGAGCCUUCAACAACGACAGAGUCAGCCACUGAUGCUCCAGUGACCACAACAACUGAAGAGCCAUCAACAACUACAGAAGCUGCCACUGAUGCUCCGAUCACAACAACUGAAGAGCCUUCAACAACGACAGAAUCAGCCACUGAUGCUCCAGUGACCACAACAACUGAAGAGCCAUCAACAACUACAGAAGCUGCCACUGAUGCUCCGACCACAACAACUGAAGAGCCUUCAACAACGACAGAGGUAGUCACUGACGCUCCGACCACAACAACUGGAGAGCCUUCAACAACGACAGAGUCAGCCACUGAUGCUCCAGUGACCACAACAACUGAAGAGCCAUCAACAACUACAGAAGCUGCCACUGAUGCUCCGAUCACAACAACUGAAGAGCCUUCAACAACGACAGAGUCAAUCACUGAUGCUCCAGUGACCACAACAACUGAAGAGCCAUCAACAACUACAGAAGCUGCCACUGAUGCUCCAACCACAACGACUGAAGAGCCCUCAACAACGACAGAAGCAGCCACUGACGCUCCGACCACAACAACUGAAGAGCCUUCAACAACGACAGAGUCAGCCACUGAUGCUCCAGUGACCACAACAACUGAAGAGCCAUCAACAACUACUGAAGUAGUCACUGAUGCUCCGACCACAACGACUGAAGAGCCAUCAACAACUACUGAAGUAGUCACUGAUGCUCCGACCACAACGACUGAAGAUCCUUCAACAACUACAGAAGCUGCCACUGAUGCUCCGACCACAACAAGUGAAGAGCCUUCAACAACGACAGAGGCAGUCACUGAUGCUCCGACCACAACAACUGAAGAGCCUUCAACAACAACAGAGGCAGUCACUGAUGCUCCGACCACAACAACUGAAGAGCCUUCAACAACGACAGAGGCAGUCACUGAUGCUCCGAUCACAACAACUGAAGAGCCUUCAACAACGACAGAGGCAGUCACUGAUGCUCCGACCACAACGACUGAAGAGCCAUCAACAACUACUGAAGUAGUCACUGAUGCUCCGACUACAACAACUGAAGAGCCUUCAACAACUACCGAAGCUGCCACUGAUGCUCCGACCACAACAACUGAAGAGCUUUCAACAACUACAGAAGCUGCCACUGAUGCUCCGACCACAACAACUGAAGAGCCUUCAACAACUACAGAAGCUGCCACUGAUGCUCCGACCACAACAACUGAAGAUCCUUCAACAACGACAGAGGCAGUCAGUGAUCCUCCGACCACAACGACUGAAGAGCCAUCAACAACUACUGAAGUGGUCACUGAUGCUCCAACCACAACUACUGAAGAGCCUUCAACAACAACAGAAGCUGCCACUGAUGCUCCGACCACAACAACUGAAGAGCCUUCAACAACGACAGAGGCAGUCACUGAUGCUCCGACCACAACGACUGAAGAGCAAUCAACAACUACUGAAGUAGUCACUGAUGCUCCGACCACAACGACUGAAGAGCCUUCAACAACGACAGAGGCAGUCACUGAUGCUCCGACCACAACGACUGAAGAACCAUCAACAACUACUGAAGUGGUCACUGAUGCUCCGACCACAACUACUGAAGAGCCUUCAACAACUACAGAAGCUGCCACUGAUGCUCCGACCACAACAACUGAAGAGCCUUCAACAACGACAGAGGCAGUCACUGAUGCUCCGACCACAACGACUGAAGAGCCUUCAACAACUACAGAAGCUGCCACUGAUGCUCCGACCACAACGACUGAAGAGCCUUCAACAACUACAGAAGCAGCCACUGAUGCUCCGACCACAACAACUGAAGAGCCAUCAACAACUACUGAAGUAGUCACUGAUGCUCCGACCACAACGACUAAAGAACCUUCAACAACAACAGAGGUCAACACUGAUGCACCGACCACAACAACUGAAGAGCCUUCAACAACGACAGAGGCAGUCACUGAUGCUCCGACCACAACGACUGAAGAGCCUUCAACAACGACAGACACAGUCACUGAUGCUCCAGUGACCACUACAACUGACGUGCCUUCAACAACGACAGAGGCGACCACUAAUGCUCCAGUGACUACAACAACCGAAGAGCCUACAACUACAGAAUCUCCAUCUCAUUUCAAAUGCCCAGGAAGUGGUAAUUAUCCUAAUCCUGAUGACUGCAGAUCAUAUUAUUGGUGUAUUUGGUUACCUGUCAAAGGAUUCCAUGCUGUAGCUAUAAAAUGUCCAUGGAAUAUGGCAUAUGAUCCAAAGUGGAAAAUAUGUUCGUUUGAUGAUGAGCGAUUAUGUGCGGCAUUUUCUACAACACAAACGGUUAGCAAUACAACAGUAGCACCAGAAACACCAACAAGUACAGUAGAAUCUAUAACAACAAGCAAACCAGCAACUGACACGUCCACGACUACGGAUGUUACGGAUGUACCGACUACCACGAAAGAUCCAGUUACGACUGAAAAUCCAGUCACUGACAAACCAGUAACAACGGAAAAGCCUGUAACAGAUGUUUCAACAACUACGGAAAAGACAGUUACAGAAUCAUCAGCGACAACCACAACGGGUGUUUCAGUUACCGAUGCUCCAAUCACAACAGAAAACCCAGCCACUGACCAACCUGCUACCACUGCUGCACCGCCAGUUUUCAAAUGUCCAGGAUUGGGCAAUUACCCCAAUUCUAAUGAUUGUAGAUCAUACUAUUGGUGCUUUUGGUUCCCCUUCAAAGGAUUAACCGCUGUUCCUUUGAAAUGUCUAAAAAAUAUGGCUUAUGAUCCCCAACUCAGAAUGUGUUCUUUUGAUGAAGAAAGACUUUGUAAUAUAACUACAACGGCUAUUCCAGAAACUACAACUUCUGAAACAGAAAUUACGACUACAACAACUGAAACUCCUACUACUAUAGUGCCAACAGAAACUUCAACAACUCAAGCUCCGACUACUUCAGUUCCAACAGAAAUUACAACUACAACAGCUCAAGCUCCUAUUACUACAGUGCCUCCAGUGACUGAAACUCCUGAAUUUGUAUGCAAAACGAGUGGAGAGUUUGCCGAUCCUUCUGAUUGCAGAUCAUUUUAUGUAUGUAAACAUAUGCCAUUUGCUGGUUUAGUUAAAAUUCAUAGAAGGUGUCCUCAAAAAAUGGCAUACGAUCCAAAGAAGAAAAGGUGUACGAAAGAUAUUGAAAAUCUAUGUCCAGCCAAUGAAUUCGUCUGUACAUCUACGGGAAUGUUUAGCGACCCCAAAGACUGUAACAGUUACUACUUAUGCUUAAGAAAGUUUGAAGGAGAGUACAACAAAUGGAAGCAUAGUUGCCCCAGAGGGCAAGGAUUUGAUGCAAAACAUAGACGUUGCUCUGAAAAUGCUAGCUGUUUGCAAAAUUGA